AGAAGGCUAAGCUAAGUUCGAAGAACGAUCAAGACAACGAUUUUAUUGAUCGCUCGUGAUCGGCGACAGAGUAGACAGUUCUCGUGGAUGGAAACUGGAUCAGUGAUUUCCCAUGAGAUCGAAAAUCCAGAGCGGCUGGCACAAAGAGGCAAGAAAUCGGUGAAAACGGUGUCUGAGAAAAGCCGAGCCAGAGAACGCCGAUACGCGCGUGCAACGAGAUAAUUGCAUCGCUUCAUAGUCAACUGCUAUUGCGUAAUGUUCGCAUUACCACCAUAGACGUAUGAGAAAAAAAGAAGUUGUAGCAACGACGACGCGUCAGGUUGUUAAACCUAUUUACCGUUUCGCGUUCACGCUUAUUGGAUACAGUCGCGGUUCUGUGGCUCUUCUUUCUCCCUCAGUUUUCGUCCUCGUUCCAUUGUUCGAAACGAAUUGCACAAGCGUAUUCGCGGUGUUCGUCGACAGCCAGGAAGAAAUUCACGCGACGCCGCGACGAAGAUUUCAAUGAAAUUCAAGCGUUUAGCAUAAUUGACCGGCUGCUUGCUUCUACCCGUACGGAAAUCGUCGUCGAUUUCGACCGAAUUAACGUUUCAGCAAUUCUGAGUUGCAGUCAUCCAACGAACACGAUUGCGAGUUAAGAUAGCGAAACGAGCAGCAAUCUUCGCUAUGAACGUUCGUCUGAGUCGUGUGCCGUCUUUCAGAGCUUUGCCUUCCAAACACCAUUGAUAUCUCUUUCGUGUCUUCGUAACAGUUGGUAUACAUAUUUCGUUCACGGUCAAGUGCCUUUGAUUCCGAAACAGCAGGAAGUACAAAGCAAUUUCCGUUCGAGGUAUUCAGGUUAAUAUCGUAGUACGUAUUCACGUCUGGGAAAUACAGUGUCAACGGCCAUGGGUCGCCAUGGCAGAUACAACCGAAUUUUCACUAACCCUAUCGAAAAGCUCUGUGUGAUAACCUUUCUAACGUGAAUAGUCUCAGUCCUGGUUUGUAACAAAAAAUCGUUUACAUAAAAUUCGCCGAGCGAACAAUGAUGGAGAACGUGUAUGUGAUAAAGGUGAAAACGAAGCCAGCUUUGUCUUCUCUGUACCCAUCCGAACGACGUUAUUCGGCAUCGACCGUGGGAGGUUUGUCCUUCGUGCAUUUUGGUCUGGGCGCACUUUCCCUUCUGCUAGGCAGCUUGGCCUUAUCUCUUCAAGGUCCAAUAUUAUCGGUUGCGUGUUUGGUUCCUUUCGUGACCGGUCUACUCGCCUGGAGAAGAUGGUACAUCGAUAGGAACAUCGCUAUCUUCUUUUACGGAAGUCUGUUCGCCUUGAUGGCAGCGAUUCUCUGCUUCAUCGCCACAGUGUUCGACAUCGCGGCCGCCGCGGAAAGUAGAAGCUCUUUGUGGUCGCUGGAACGAAUUCUCGAGCAGCCGCGAGAUCAUUCUGAUCUGAAGAACGAUAUUCUGUUAAACGAGACGAUGUCACUCAGCGAAGACAAUUUCAAUCUCAGUAGAAUCUAUGAUCAAUCUCCAAAGAUUCGUCUCUACUCUCCCAUGCCUGGCAUUGUAUUUGAUAACAUGUCCAACAUAUCUGGCUACAUCUUGAGAACUUCGACGAUUGAUCCUGAGGAAGGUGAGACCGAAAGUCCUAGUAGAUCGUUCACCAACAGUGAUUCUAAGGACGAAGAGAAUUCGCAAGAUUCGGAUAACGUUACCGGAGAAUCCUUGGAAACGAUCAAGAGCAGAAUGAUGUCAUUCUUGUACAGAGACCAUCACCAGUCCUCGCAUACUAAGAUCUUACUCACAGUUAACGUGUUGGUGGCGUCUCUCCUCGAAGCAUUUUGGUCUGCACUGAGCGCUAGAAUAGCGUUGCGAGGGAUGAUGAAUCGGUUGCCAGAAAGCAGCUACGUGAAUGGAACAGCUGGAGAUAAAAAAUUGGACGAAACAGCAGCGAGUAAGAGGAAACCAGCUCCAAAACCGGACAUUUUGGAUCACGAUCGAAGAUUGUCUGAAAGUUUGCAAAAUUUAACAACGUUACACAGCCUGAGGAAUUCGGGACCAAGGUUACCACUGCCAGAGUCCAGCAGGGAAUUCAGGGAAAGAGUAGAAAGAUUUCUGGCGAAUCAGGCAGCGCAUCGCGUCGUCGAGGGAUCCUGUUCUUAAAAUGAAAACAACAGAGACAAUUAAAUUGCGAAUUACGAUAUUUAAUACCGAUAGCAAUUUUGAAUAUCGAUAUUCCUUGUAAUAUAAUAGUUUACGCGUAAUCUUCGAUCUCAGAACGUAUGCAAGUACAAUGACUCACGCAAGUAUUUCAAGUUCAUAGUAUGUGGAUAAAAAUUGACGAUGGUCGGAGGUAACAGGAGCAAAAUUUUGCUGUCGAUAAUGUUUGCUAGUAACCAAAUAAUUUUUAAUCAUUUAUAACAAAUAACCUGACAGAUUCGAAAAUCUGCGAUGAACAAUGUUUUGUAAGAAACGAAUAAUAUUAGUCUGCUUGUUAUGCGUGUUGGUUGAUGUUAAUUAAUAUUUUUAAUAUUUUUGAAAUUGACAGAAAUAUAGAUUUUAUCCGAAGAUCAAAUGGAAGGAUAUUUUCGACGUGGAAUUGACUGACAGCGUAUUGAAUUUAAAAAUUGUUCUUUCACGAGUGACAGGAAAUGAGUUUUUCAUCUAUGAUCUUCAUGUUCAUGGAAGGUUUCUAUAAGUGAGCCAUUGUAUCUUUGCAUUCAUACGAUUACUACAAUAGAUUAGUAGUAUGACCUGUUUGAUAUCACAAUUUUAAUGAUUAUCACGCGCUAUAUAUCCAGCUGAUGCAAUAAAGUUUCACGCAACGACUA